UGUCUCCGCGUCGCCGGGUGGGACUUGGCUCAGCGGCCAUGGGCAAGCAGAACAGCAAGCUGCGGCCCGAGAUGCUGCAGGACCUGCGGGAGAACACAGAGUUCUCAGAGCUGGAGCUGCAGGAAUGGUACAAGGGCUUCCUUAAGGACUGCCCUACGGGCAUCCUCAACGUGGAUGAGUUCAAGAAGAUCUACGCCAACUUCUUCCCUUACGGCGAUGCCUCCAAGUUCGCUGAACAUGUCUUCCGCACCUUUGACACCAAUAGCGACGGCACCAUCGACUUCCGGGAGUUCAUCAUUGCACUGAGUGUGACUUCACGCGGCCGCCUGGAGCAGAAGCUCAUGUGGGCCUUCAGCAUGUAUGACCUAGACGGCAACGGCUACAUCAGCCGCGAGGAGAUGCUGGAGAUCGUGCAGGCCAUUUACAAGAUGGUGUCGUCAGUGAUGAAGAUGCCAGAGGAUGAGUCAACCCCGGAGAAAAGGACUGAGAAAAUCUUCCGACAAAUGGACACAAACAACGACGGCAAGCUGUCCCUGGAGGAGUUCAUCCGCGGAGCCAAGAGUGACCCGUCCAUCGUGCGCCUGCUGCAGUGCGACCCCAGCAGCGCCUCUCAGUUCUGAGCGAG